AUGGCAACUGGCUGCUGUCCACCCGCCGAGGUCACCGAGAUUAGAGGAGCUUCUGGAGGAAUGCUGCGAGCUCACGUGAACCCUUGGCCGCUGCUGGCUCCCUCACCCUUCGGCAGCAGGGGCUGUGCACCCCUGGCCGGGAGCGGGCUGGGGGACAGUGGAGAGGUCCUGCUGGGCUCAGAUCAUGCNNNGGGGAGCGCCCGCCUGGCCGCCGUGGUGGUGCUGGACCAGGGCACGGGGCACUGGCAGAAGCUGAAGAAGGACAGCACGGCCCAGAUCGUCCUCAACGCUCUGCUCUCCAGCCUGCCGGAGGCCGGGGCCAGGGUCUGCUUCCUGAAAGGGGGAUAUGAAACCUUUAACUCGCAAUAUCCUGAGUGCUGCGUGGAUGGAAAACUCAUUUCCCCGGAGAGGACCGAGGCGGAGAGAAACCUCGCCAGCCACUGUGAGAAGCAGAGUGCCAACCACAAACCUGCUUAUGACCAGGGUGGUCCCGUCGAAAUCCUGCCUUUUCUCUACCUUGGUAGUGCCUAUCAUGCUUCCAAGUGCGAGUUUCUCGCCAACCUGCACAUCACAGCACUGCUCAACGUCUCCAGGAAAAGCUCUGAGUCCUUCAAAGACCAGUAUUGCUACAAGUGGAUCCCAGUGGAGGAUAGUCACAUGGCGGACAUCAGCUCACACUUCCAGGAAGCCAUCGACUUCAUUGAUUAUGUCAGACGAACAGGGGGCAAGAUCCUGGUGCACUGUGAAGCAGGGAUUUCACGCUCUCCCACCAUCUGCAUGGCGUACCUCAUGAAGACAAAGAAGUUCCGCUUGGAGGAAGCCUUCGAUUACAUCAAGCAGCGCCGGAGCCUGAUCUCACCAAACUUUGGUUUCAUGGGCCAGUUGCUGCAAUACGAGUCGGAGAUCUUGUCUUCCACUCCCAGCCCCCCCGUCGCCUCAUGUAAAAGAGAAGCUGCAUCUUUCUUUGCAGAAGAACUGACAUUAGGCAAAAACUUUGAAGGCUCAUGUUUUGCCUUUCCUACCUCAGUGUUGAGUUCUGUGCCCAUCCACUCUCCUGUCCACCAGCUGAAACUCAGCCCAAUGACAGCAUCUUCAUGCUGCUGAACGCCCUGGGGAGACC